AUGGAUGGACGCUGGUCAGGAGCUGAUGCAUCGCUAGCAGGUGACUGGGCUGAAUCUCUAUUCCAUAGAUUGAAUAUUGAUCCUAAACAACAUAAAAUGAGGCGGGCCACCAGCUUGCCACGAGAUGGGAAUUAUCUGCCUAGAUCUGAGCUGGGAUCAUUGAACCGUAAUAAUUCCUUGCUUUAUGCAAAUAUUGAAGUUUUUCGGGAAUGCACUUUCCAAAGGAUGUUGACGUGCAUUACGGAAAACGAUCUUCCUACCGAGUCUGGAGACAGUAUCUAUAGAAAGACGAUAAUGUUGAUGAAAUGCUGGACUGAUGGAGAAGUAGCUGUUCUUGAAGAUGGUUCACUACUUUUAAGUCUUUAUAUUGCUCUGAAGUUAGGUGUAGGUUUUACAAGGAUGAAAGGUUGUAUCGAUUUAAAUCUAGAGGAACUUAGUUUACUUCCCUCUUGCUUUUCCGAAGACUCUGAGAACUUUCCAGCUUAAGAGUGAGUUAGAAACGACUUACAUCUUCAGAAAUGUUUGCCCUCAUGUGUUCUUAUCAAGGACAUAUUGAAUAGCAUUGGACUGUAAUCUCUGAGGAUUAACAGAGUUGUUACUCCAGAUCUAGAAUUGAAGCGGUGCUGCAAAGAUGCAAGUUUCCAGUAGUGUGAAGCUUCUUGGAACAGUACACGAUGAAAUAAGGGAGAUUUGUUACUUAGCCAUUAGAUGAGCUUGGACACGGAUAGGAAAUGAUUCUUCUUCAAGCUCCAUUCCGGUUCACCUUUUAGACAUUAGAUGUAGAGAUCCAGUCUGCUAAGUCACGUAGCAUUGUAUGCUUUGCAUAAAUAUUAGCUGUUGAAAACUGCUCGUUUCAUGUAUAUACAGGUUUUGAUUAUUCUUCUCCUUGUUACAGGCGACAAAGCUUGAAAAGAC